UAAAGCACAGCGCCAAAACCGCUGUACGAAAGAGUCGGCUCCUUUGCAAGAAGCGUAUAUCGGGUUUAUGUCUUUGUGUGUGAGUACGUCCCCUGCCAGCCCUGCUGCUGCUGCUUUCCCCCGUGCACGCUACAAUAUGUUUCUGUCUAGGAACCUCUCCUGUCACUCCGUGCGAGCACUGUUGCCUGUAUUGCUUAUUUUCUUGCUGGACUGAACUUUCACCCAGAAGCUGAAGCUUGCUUUCCUUUUGUUUUGGGUUGGUCGAAAUGGUUCAGUGUCUCCAUGGAAAUCCUGCACUUAGUUAAUAUUGAAUAGAAAUUACAAUAACAGUCUACUACUCGAGCCACGGAUCUGUUGUUAUCUUCGGAGAAGGUGCAUGGAGAAGGCUGGUCGAUUUCGACGGAAGUCAUUUUCGAUGUUUGAAGAGCGGAGUGUAAAGAUUUAAAUUGAACAAGCAGAACUGCGGGUGUAAAGACAUCCCCACCACACACAAACGAAUAUAAGAUGGGUGAAAAGAAACCAGAGCCUCUGGAUUUCGUGAAGGAUUUUCAAGAGUAUCUCACCCAACAAACACAGCACGUAAACAUGAUUUCUGGGUCUGUCAGCGGGGAAAAGGAAACAGAGGCACUUCAAGGAGAAAACCGACCUAUAAUUUCACUGCUGACAGCUGGGACAGAGAAUGAUCAGAAUGGACUGGACCACCCUUCGGUGGAGGUGUCACUGGAGGAUAGCUCGGGGAUGUUGGUGGAUGGGUUUGAGAGAACUUAUGACGGAAAGCUCAAGUGUCGGUACUGUAAUUACGCCAGCAAGGGGACCGCACGGCUCAUUGAGCACAUCAGAAUCCAUACAGGAGAGAAGCCUCACCGCUGCCACCUCUGCCCCUUUGCCUCGGCUUAUGAGCGCCACCUGGAGGCACACAUGCGCUCGCACACGGGAGAGAAACCGUACAAGUGUGAACUGUGUUCGUUCCGCUGCAGUGACCGCAGCAACCUGUCUCACCACCGCCGCCGCCGCCACAAGAUGCUGCCCAUGAAAGGCACACGCCCCACACUGGCCAACAAGAAAAUGCUCAGCGUCCUGCAGAAGAAGUCCAACAACCUGGCCUUCAGCCGCCGGCUCCUCAUCAACUUCAGCCCACCCUCCAUGGUGGUGCAGAGGCCUGACUAUCUGAACGACUUUUCCCAUGAGCUACCAAACAUCCAUACUGAAUCAUAUGAGAGCAUUGCCAGAUCUCAGGUGAGCAGUGGUAGUGGGAGUGGAUGUCUUUCCAGGGACCCUCAGGAUUUAAUGGUGGACAACCCCUUAAACCAGCUCUCCACACUGGCUGGGCAGCUCUCCAGCCUGCCCCCCGAGAGUCAGACCCCUGUAUCCCCGGAUGUGGUCUGCCGCGAUGAGAAGCCUUUCUUGAUCCAGCACCCUGCAGACACACCUGUGGUGUCUACUGUGUCAACCAGCAUCGCUCAGAGCUCCUCUCCCACCAGCCCUGAGCCCCGGCCACCCCCCCACCCCCACAGGAACUACAGCCCUGUGGCAGGGCCCAGCAGUGAGCACAGCGCCCACACUAGCACUCCCAGUAUCAGCAACAGCCAGCCCAGCACCCCAGCCCCUGCACUGCCAGUGCAGGACCCCCAGCUACUCCACCACUGCCAGCACUGCGACACCUACUUUGCAGAUAACAUACUGUACACCAUCCACAUGGGCUGCCACGGCUACGAGAACCCCUUCCAGUGCAAUAUAUGUGGGUACCAAUGCAAAAACAAGUACAACUUUGCUUGUCAUUUUGCAAGGGGGCAGCAUAAACAGCAAUGACUGCAAGACCUUAAAGAUGAUAAUAGUGUUUUUUGGAUUACAGGGUAAUCUUCAUUUUUCCGGUUCCAUGAAUUUAACGGAAAGCUUUCAUUGCUAAUCCUAGGAAUUAGAUCCGUAUUUUUUUGGGAGAAACAAAGUUUGUGGGCUAUAAGCUUAUUUUCUGUUUAAAAAUGGUGCAGAUAAAUUAAAGCCUACGUUGUAUCCUUUUUUAUAGGUCAGCAAUCAUAAAAUAGUUUUUAGAGGGAGAGGGGGAGGGGGGCUCUAAAUUUAAGAACAUCAGUGUACUUGUGGAAGUUGUCACUUUAUUACCCGCACAAGAAUUAUUGCACAUAAAGCAAUUAAAAUAAUAGCUUGACUUUACUAAAGGCACCAGCUCACACUGCAGUAAUGGCUCCAGCACACAUGUGCUGUUCAGAGCGAGAUGUGUUACAUUAACAAUAUCAUUAAGGCCUUGAAGUUCCACUCCCUUACUAGUCUGUAGGUCUUCUAAUGUAGGAUCACAUCCCUUCAGGGUGAUUUACAAACUUAAUGUAAUUCUUUAUCUUCGCUGUGCUCGAUUAAAAGGUGUUGGUCUUCAGUUAGCGAGGGAGGGAGGGGAGGGGGGAGAAGACUUUAAAUUCUCUCUGAAGUUUUGGAGAGGAUAUAGCCAGCUACCCUCUUUAAGCCUGGUGCAGUAAGAUGUGCUAUUGUCAGGCAUAGGUUCGAGGGGAAAAAUACAUUUGGGAGAGAAAUAAAAUAAUGCUGCUGUAUACUCUAGCAUAUCAGUUCGAUAUAAUAGUGUUUCUAACAGGUACAUUUAUUAUUCUUUAAGGAGGGGGUCUGUAAGACCUGACCUACAGAAUAACCAAAAUCUCAACAUAAGAAUUUUCUAAGUGCUUCCACCACAUGAAAAGGAAACUACUUGUACAGCAAGAAUUAUCAGUACUUUUUGGUGCAUCAUGGUGCAUUUUCUGAGCUGUUUGACGAGAGAUGUGUUACAGUAACAAAACCAUUAAGGCCUUGCAGCCCCCCUCCCUUACUGGUCUGUAAGUCAAAGUACAUUUCAGUUACAUUCAUUUUUAUUAGCAGGAUUGAGUACUGUGCUAUGUACCAGAUAGAAACACCUGCAUUGCAUUAUUCCUUAGUUACCAAUAUGCGAUGGAAAGGUGGCAGCUCAUUUCAGAUUUUCACAAAGAAAUCCGAAUCAAUGAAGUGUUAUAUUUUCCUGAUUUAAAAAAAAAAAUUAAAAAAUAAGUGAUGUAAACGGAAUUAUCUAGCACUUUCUAAGUAGCCUUGGAAUAUGAUUGAAAUUGAUCAUUAGAUGUUGAAAAGAAUAAAGAAAGCCUUUAAGAACUAAUUAUAAACAUCAUUUCAAGGCCAAAGUAUUCAAUAACAUUUUUAAAAUAUAUAUUUUUUAAACAGCAUAUUUUGUAUCUGCAUUAUAGCAACUAUUAGAAUGUUUUAAAGAUUUCCUUUUUCAGUGACAAUUACUUGCACAUUUUAUUGUGUGUGUGCGUGUGCGUGUGGAAGUGAGUGUGCUAUAAAUACAUCAUUAAUUACACCUUGAAAAUGUUUCAUUUAAUAAUGUGUUGGGAUUCAUUUUGUUUUCAACAGAAACCUGUUACUUUUCUUUGUUUAUCCUUGUGGUGCCAUUGUGCUUUGGUUAUAUAAAAGUAUAAUUACAAAUGCCAUCUAGUCCAUUCUACACUGCAGAACAGUACAUAAAACAGGGUCCCACUUAAUUAUCAGAACUUAUUUUAUUUAUUUUUUGUAAGUUGAAUACAUCUGUUUUGCCAAUUGAAAGACUUGCCAAAUUGCUUUUUUUUGACUGCUGGGUAUAUAUGUGUGUGUUUGCAUUCUCAUAGCCACACUGCAUUAAAAUGGGAAAUAAAAGCUACACAAAUAAUUACCUUCCUAGUCACUAUUGAUUACAAAAAAAAUCCAACACGUGUUCAUUUGUUUUCGUAAGUGUAAGGAAUCACCAUGAAUGGUAUAGGUCCCCUUUUCAGCUAAGAAAGAAAGUUUCUGAUGGUUUAGAUGAAAUUGCACUUGAACUAGUAUGCUAUCAUAACAGCAAUAUAUAGACAUACUGGGAAACAGUGUAGCCCUUUCUGAUGAAAGGGUAGAAAAAAAAAGAAACCAACGCCCCCCAUCCCAAGUGUAAAAAAACUACUGUACAUAUUUAGUUUUUCAGUUGAUGAAGACUGUUGUAUGUAUAUGUUGACUUGUCCAAGGUUGUGGCAGCUUCAGAUUUGCAGUAUCUAAUAAAUAAUAACAACAAAAAAAGUUUUAACUACAAACAUUUUUCUAAUGAGGUGGUGUAAAUGUAUAGUCUACGAUUGUUUUUGUUAAGCUGUGCUUAAAUUGCUUAUUUUGCUUGGCUUUGAAAAGGAUCAUAAUGGAUAGGGGAUCCACACACCAGUUUGAGAGUUUUAAGUGCCUACCAAAAAUACUAAUACUGUACCAAUAGUUUAAUACAGUUGUGUAGUCUGAAGACCCUUGUGCACUACAGGGAAGCAACUGGCUAAAAUGUAAUGGGUUACUUAUGAAGCUACUUACCCUUUAACAACUUAUUGUGAAAGUGUGUAAUAAUUUUAUGCAGUGAAUAUUCAUGGGAUAUGUAUUUUAUGCUGUCACGUGUCUUACAUGUAUCUGGUGUGGACUCACAAUCAUUGCAUAUAAUUUCUAAUUUUUUCAGUGUAUUUGGCUUAACCCAGAUUGUUUCCAAAAAGCAUGUCAGAUGUGAAAAGGGAACAGUAGCUACUGCAUAACAACAAUACACCAAUCCUAACAGCAUUGCAUUUAUGCAGCUGUAUUCAAAUGCAAAAUACAGAAUUGCUUCUGUACAACAUGUCUCUACUUUUCGUAAUGCAACAUAUAAAAAGUUGUGUUUUAAAUGCAGUUUUUAGAGCAUACAUUUUGUAUUCCUGCUACUGUAAAAAUAUAUUAUGAAUUAAAUAAACCACAGAACACUGAUUAACUAACAAAGUAAUAUUUUUUUUUUUAAAUACAGACCACAGCUAGUAUUUAUUGAAUGUUUUUGUGCCUCAUUGCUUCUGUUAGCUGCUUGAGCCUUGUCUAUUUAUGGUGAGUCGUGCUUUCUUGUGAUUGUCUGAGAAAUGAUACUGAUUGUUGCCUAAAGAAUUUAAACUGCCAGUCAAUUCACUUUCAACAGUGCAAUGCAUUCAAAGAGCAAGUUGUCCUUGUUUGCUAGCGUUACUGGUACUGUCGGUCUUAUGUUUAGUUUUUUUGCAAUUGCUUUUGCAGCUGAAUUGUCUGUCAUUAGUAGUAUUUUAUGUUAUAUAUUGUACAUAAUGCUGCGAUCCAAGCUCUUGUUUUUUUGGUGUUUGUUUUGGAAGUACGCAUCCCAGUGAUUUCCUUUUCAACAUAUUCUAGAUGUUUGUUUUCAUAUUUAUUUGCGUACCCUGGGUCAUUAAUAACUGUAAAUGAAGCCAGAUUCCCCUAUGUAAGUUCAAAAGGGGUAGCUUUUAUUUUAAGACUGUGUUCAGCUGAAGAGUUCUCCGGUUUCUAUAAACUUAGCACAGUUGAUUAAUUGACCCUGUGUAUGCUAAUGGUAAAUAUCAAAGCAAUAACACCUACGUUGAAGCAAAUAUAGCAAUGAUACGUACAGCACAGGAGACAAUAAAGGCAAGUUAUGAAGCUGCGCAAUACUCUAGUAACACUUAAGCAGAUCAAUUCUAUCUUGUGUAUAAUUUCCUAUUAAUGUAUGGACAAAGUGUACUAAUGUAAAAAUUAAAAUAGGAAAAAAAAGAUAUAUAAAAUGUCACCUCUAAGUCAUUAGGAAAGGUAUGCCAAUAUUGGAAAGUAAUAUGUAGCUUGUUUAACAUACAGUACAGUAUACAUAUACUCCAGCCUGUUUGCAUCGUUCACACUUACGAUCAGAUUGUCCGAGGCUGGCAAUGUUCCUUUUUUUUGCAUACUUUUUUCAUGCAAUAAGUGGGGAAAUUUGCGUGAAAUGUAAAUGUUUGUGCUCAGUACAAAAGAUGCCUAAUUUUAAAUAAUAACUAAAACUAAGCAAAAGUAUUACUGUAUAUGUGGCUUCAUCUGUAGCUCAACCUGAAAUUACAUUUGCAUAGCCAUCAGAUUCCAUAAAUUAUGUGUAUGAGACCAAUUCAUAUGAAGUACUUUUGUGAAUGUUUUGUCAGUCCUGUAUAGUCAAUUAAGGGUAUUAAAUUAAUAUAGUUUUUACAUCGUCGAUCAGGAUAAUGGCAAACAGGACACUGCUUUCUGAUCAAAGGGAAGUGUAAGGCUUGGCUAUGGAAGAAUGUAGUAAACAGACAGCAAUAAAUCGUGGGAAAUGGCUGCAUUAAGAUGGGUUAAAAUACUUUCAUUUUGAAGGUUUCUGAAUGGCAUGACUUUUGAUUGGGAUUGAUGUGGGCCGUCACAAUACUUGUACUGUCUUUUGUCUUAUGAUCUUUUACGGUGUACCCCUUGAUUUGAUAUGCCUGUUAUAGAAAUUGUAUUGUUUUUAAUUUAUUACCUUUAUUAAGGGUUGAGAAUUUUCUACCUAGAGAAACAAAUAUAGUAUAAAUAAUGGUGCAUGUUUUUAUUAUUUCAAUUAAUAAUACGUGUACUAUUGUGUAUUUUUUUUUUUUUUUUUUUUUAAGUACUUUUAUAUAAUAUUCUGGUUUUCAGGAUGCUGUCUAACAAGGCUGGAAUUUAUUUAUUUUAAAUGUAGAGCAUCAUAGAAGCUUUUCAAAUGUAAAUAUUCUGAUCAUAUUAUCUCAGACAUUAACUAAGGGUACAUGACACUGAGACUUUUACAUCAAUGUUCUAGGGCAGUGUAUUUCCAAUGCAAAAGUACCUGAAACAUUAAUUAUGUGUUUGUAAUGUCAUAUGUAAAACAUAUGUAAAUUACUAAAUUGUUAACAUCAGUACAUUGUAUGUGUAGAAACACAAUUUGUGAAAGACUGUAACUUAAAUUAAUGUCUAUUUCAAACUUCAAAGCUCUGCUUUUUGUACUUCAUAAGUAAAAUUCAUUUUUCUAAUGGGCUGCUAGUAUGUUUCUGUUUUAUUAUUUCACUUUUAAAACCAAAUCUUUCCCCACUCU